AUGGACAAGGACUGGGUCAACGAGAUGUCACCAAGAAGACACUUCACGUCUUCUGGAUCGACUAAUGUUCAAGUCAAUCGAUAUUUGACACAACUCGGCAAGACAGUCGGAUACCUGCAAGGACAUCCCGAUGGCUUCAGAAGAUCUCGACGCGAGGACAGAAUUCAUCACACCAGAAGACAGCCCACGACAAUCCAACUUCACAUCUUUAACUCAAGGAUUCAAGGAUUCGUCGGACAACUGAAGAAAGCCAGGAAGAAGAAGUCUUCAACUUCCCCAGCUCGAUCUUCAGUAAUGUUAAGGAUCAGGAUUCAGGAGCCAAGAUGUGAACGUCAAGCCAACCUAAUAGGAGGAAGUAGACAAACAAUCCCUACUGAAGCUCCAAAGAAUGCCAACUGCUUCACAACUCAUCUUCUGGAUAUCAAACUCCUGUAA